UUCUCCACACUCUCAGCAGUUGGAUGUCAGCCGUGGUCGAGUCGGUGAGCAAUAAUAGCGAAAUCUAUUGUAUCGCGACGAGCUCGAAAACAUCUAUAGAAACAGAUACAGACAUUCUUAUAUGUAAUUGCAGUUGUCAAAUACGUGAAGAUAUAUUAGAUUACAGUUCUCGGUGGCGAGUGUUGAAACUUAAAAUUUUAUUUACUUGAAAAUAAGAGCAAGGAAACAACAAUAGAAAACUGCAAUCGAAAGUGAUAUAAUUACCCAGCACAAAAGGCAUAUUUUCAUAAGCGGAAUAUGAACGCCUCGUUGGGCAGUUAAAAAUAGAUGGCUAGAGCAUGAGCACGAGCACAAAGAUAGAUCGCGAAAGUAGCACACAACUGCGGCUGGACAUGAUGGAGCAGCCAGUGGACGCCAGACAGCAGCAGCGCCACCGCAGAAGAUUGGGACGCAGUCACCGGGAGCCGACUCCCGUUACGGAUACUCUGCCGCAGGACGAUCCAAGUCCUGAUCCCUUUCAGGAGCCCUCGCCACAAAUGGUGCGCAUGCAAAUAAGACCACCUGGAACUCUGUCCGCCCAUGAGAGCAAAAUCCUGCGAAAGCGGGACAAGAGCUUUGCCAGCUCCGCGUCCCGAAGUCAUUCGCAACCACGGGAAGCUGAGAAGCUCAGUAGUCCGGAUGCCCAUCAUCUGAUUAAGCACCGCAGCUUGUCCUCACCUCGCCAUAAAGAUGAAUCCAGCGAGAGCGAGCUGACCACCGGUAGCAGCAGCCAGCAGCAGAGGUUCAUCCCGAAUCCAGGACAGACCCAGGACACCCUCAGUCGACUGGAGCAGAACCUGCAGCGAUUCGAGGACGAACGCAGGCGUUUCGAGGCGGAGAAAAGGCUCUUCGAGCGGGAAAAGCGGGAGCACAAGAUGCGACAUCGCCAGCAGUUGGACAACGAGGAGCGGAAACGCCUCCUGCAGAACUACCGCAAGCUCAGCGAUCGCAUCCAGUUGCCGCAGGACGAGGAGGAGCGCCGUCGACUCAUCCACAGCUUGAGGCUUCAGCGGCACGAGGCGCCGAAAACCCGAACUCGGAAUCGAAGCAGUGGCUACGAGGAGUCCUCCACGCAGUUCAGCUCCUCCGAUGCCGAGGCGGUGGAGGAAAUUCAGCCCAGGAUAAGGCCCGCUAAGAUUCCCCAGGGUUAUGUGGCUGCUCCGAUUCGAGGAGCACCACCACCACCGCCAUCGGUGGCACCGAAACCACCAGAAAGACACUCCGUGAGUCGCAACAGCUCCUUGUCGCCGGUGAGACCACAGCGACGUUCCAAGACACCGGAACAGAGGAUCCAGGAGUCCAAGCCCGAGGUGAUGAAACCCAAGACUCCCGAACCACGAGAGGAGAUCAGCCGUAAGCACGAGUACGUGGAAGUGGGCGAAUCCAGGAGCGAGGUGUUCAAACCCAGGAUCACAGAGGCGGAACAGCAAUCGGAACUGAUGAAGAAAUACAUGGAGGCGGCGGAGAGGGCGGAAAAAGCCGAAGCUGCUCUGGCAGCACAAAACCUUUCGGCGGAGGGAGUGCGUCGCAGUCACAGUUUGAGAUUGGCCGAAAAGGAGGAAAAACCUUCAAAGCGCAGUUCCAGUUUGGAGCGACCGCUGAAAGCCAAAAGAUCGGGCAGCCUGGAAAGGGGUGCCAAGGAACAGGAACCUCAAGGUCCAAUAGAUACCCAACCAAAAACAGAACCCGAGGUGGAAGUGGAUCAAGAAGGGUCCUCGUUGCCAGAAAUCCCCGAAUCUAAAACUGAAUCAAAACCAUCCUUCAUGCAGCGCUUUAAAAACUUGUUUAAGCGAAAGAAGAAGGUUCAAAGUGAAGAUGUCGCAGAUUUGGCCACCAAAAUUGAGACGGAAAAAAUUGCCUCCAUCUCCUUUUUGUACCACCUCCGCCUGGAAGCCGUUCACGAAUGGAAACGCCUUAAGUUGGAUUAUCCUCAGCGAGUGAGGGAACUUUGUGUGCUGCGCAACCAGUGCAUUUCCCACCUCAUCUGCCUAACCAUGUUGCUGGGAUUCGGGGGCCUGGUAUUCCGAUAUACGGAAGGAGCCUCGGAGAAUAUCUACAAGUGCGAAGUGCGCAAGGUCAAGCGGGAUUUUAUCGACAAACUGUGGGAUGUCAGCCACAACAUGAGAGAGGAAGACUGGAAGUCCCUAGCGCGCCAAAAGCUGCGAACAUUCGAGGACGAAUUGAAUACGCUGGCCGAGUUGGGCAUGAGGAGGUAUCCGGGCCAAAAGUCCUGGAAUUUCGUCAACUGUGUUAUUUUCUGUUGGACCGUAAUCACAACCACUGGAUACGGCCACAUCACACCCAAGACGGAAUGGGGUCGAUCGCUGACUAUUGUGUACGCCAUCAUUGGGAUUCCCAUGUUCCUGAUCGUGCUGGCCGAUCUGGGAAAGCUCUUUACGCGCUGCGUCAAGUUCUUCUGGCUCUAUGUGCGGCGACUGUACUACACAAGAUCCUGCCGAAGGAUUCGGAAGCAGCAGCAGAUCCGCGACGCGAUGACUGGCUUCAAUACCGUCUACGACAUGGCCAUUCGGCGACCCAGCAUGUUCUUUGGCAAAUCCGGAGAGGAGAACGACGAGGAGUCGCAGGCGGAUGGCGGGGCAGACAGAUCGAUGGGCACUUCGCAUCCGGAAACGCCGACCUCCCCGUAUCCGGAGACCUUCGAGGUGGACGACGAGUUCAACCUGCCCAUUUCGGUGGCCUCGCUUCUGCUCAUCUCGUACAUCCUGCUGGGAACCAUUGGCUACGUUAUCGCCGAACCAGAAUGGGGCAUUCCGGGAGCCUUCUACUUCGUCUUCAUCUCGAUGUCCACCAUCGGCUUCGGUGACCUGGUGCCCAGCGAUCCCUUCUUCGUGAUGGCCAGCAUGAUCUACCUGAUAUUCGGCCUGGCCUUGACCUCCAUGUUCAUCAAUGUGGUGCAGAUCAAGCUGAGCGAUCACUUCAAGACGGCGAGUGCCAAAGUGAGUGCCACCAUCGGCAUGAACAUGACCAGUGAGUUCGGCGAUGAGGAUGGCUCGCAGGUGAAGACCCCCUCGGAGUUGGCCUCCGUGCACGGUUCGCGGCUGGACAGGAUCGAGGAAGAUGGCCAGGAGGGGCACGGCCAUGGAACCUCCUCCCCGCCGCCACUUCCCUCCAUUCUGCGGGCACCGCGUCCUUUGUCCCCAAGUUCGAAUGGAGUGGGUGGCAAUGGAAGUGGAGAUCCGUAUGGAGAUGUCAGUCCACCACCUUUGCUGCCCAGACGUCAGGUUUCCGUGGAGCCCCAACCGCCGGCGGAGGGGGAGAACAAGAAGAAGAAAAAGCAUCGAUUCUUUUAGGAUACUCCGAGGGAUCUCCUCGACAAGAUCAGCAAGAAAGAUAACCUGACAUCGUUAACUAUUAAGGAACCUCAAAAAUGACAAGGCAAUUUUCAUCGAAUUUAACAGAACGCUGUUCUGCCAGAGGAUAUAUUUUCAUUUAUUUGUUAUUUAAUUUUACAUGACAUUAUCGUAGGCUAAGACUAAUGCUAAUGAAAUAAAACACGCGAGCUGACAACGCA